GUUUGUGGUUGAUGUUGACGUUUGAAAAUUCGUUUUAGCUAUUAAUCUGUGCAUUUAGCCGUUAAAAACCAAAGUUGAAUUAUAGAACUGAUUUCAUCUUUCUUUAUUUGUUGAUCGUUGAUCUUUUAUUUAUGUAAUUAAUUUUGAGUGAAUUGAAAACGUAAUUAUUUUAUAGACUAAGUUGUGUGCAUUAUGGUGAUUUCCAUAUCUUAAAAUUUAAAAGGUAUAUAACCUAAAACCGGUAUGGAAACAAAAAGUGAAAUAUUCUCCCAACGUUUGAUAAAAGCAGUAUUAUGGAACAUUUGCCUGCAAUCUGUUAUCGCUAUACUAUUGGUGUUUUUCAUUCAAGUCGAUUUGAUCCACCCUAUAAAGUGGAUAACCUCUACGUUCGAUGAUAUAUUUAGCUGGAAAUUGAGUCUCAACAUAGUACUUCUUGGAUUAGUAUCUUUUUUUCAAGCUUACAUCUAUGGAAGUCAAUAUUCGAGACCAGUGCCGAAAUACUUUACCAGAAUCUCUAUGUUAAUGAACAUCUUCAGUAUGCAAAAUAUAAUAUUUAGUACACUGUAUGCUCUAAAUGGAUAUUUUACAAUGAGUUUGUAUUCAUCUUUGGCUAAAAGUAACUUUAAUGUUUUGAAGAAGAAAUGUGAGAAUUAUGAUGGGCAAUGCUUGAUAGAGCAAAGUUUGUUUUUGCAGAUUGGUGGGAUGUGGAUGGGCUUAUAUUAUUUCUCUAGAUCUCAUUUGUUUGGUGCAGCUGUUUUGACGUUCCCUCACAUUUAUCAAGAGAAAUUUCAACAAAUCAAACUGGUUAUUAGCAACAUUUUAUCCAUGGGAUUCCAACAUUCUAUAACCCCUGUAGUUUAUUAUUGUGUAUUUUACUACAUUUGGGGCAGCAAACCAAGAAGUGUAGUAUCUGAUGUUUAUAGCUUGUACUUGGAAGAUCCACCAUUAGACAAUAUCAUCAGUUUAAUUAGUUCAGGUAUAUGGAUUGGACUUUGGUUCUACACAAGUCUGUUUUUUAUAUCUACUUAUACUAUGAAAACAGUUUUCAAUAUAGUGCUCACAGAACCUAUGAAGUUCCCUAUAGAUUCCAAUACACAUAUGACAUUGGCCACUGCCCUCUCACAGCGAUUACAGUUUACAAGUUACUUAGGCGCCCUGGAUUUGAAGAAUAUGUCAAUGACCGAUCCUUCAAGAAGAGGUCAAACCUUUAUGCUUUCACAGCCAGGUGGCCAUCCUAAGAAUUGGAACAACCUGCUAGAGAAAUGUUUGUACAUAAUAAAUGAAUUUAAUAAGGAGCUAGACAGUAUUAAUAGUGAUUCUUAUACUGCUGAAGUGGAUGCAAAGAGUCAGAAUGGUUUUAAUAAAGUACUCCCAGAUACUCCACCUCAAUAUACAGGAUCACUACGAAACAUGGCUCAGUCUCCUCAACUACUAGAAUUAAAAAAACAUGAUAAAAAAACUGUUGAUAAUACAUUUGCGACAGCAGUGAAAGAAGAGUUCAACAGUUUUAUUCAGAAAUUAUGCCAAAAACCAGGCAUAAAUUAUUUCUUUGGCGAGCUUGUUGAUACUAAAUUAAAAUUUAUUCUUAUCCAAGCUCAGCCAGUUAUGUGGACUUGUGAAGGACUUGCCAAUAUUGUAUCAUCAUCUUUAAAAGAAGAUAAAUAUGGUGUGACGCAACAUGACUUGCCUACAGUAUUAUCAGCAUUUGUUAGUCUUAAGCAGAACCUAGAUAAAUUAACUAAACCUGGUCUGGUGCCUAGAAAGCAUAUUCUUAAUGAUGCACUUGCAAUAAAAAUUAGAUCUGCUCUCUUAUCUUCAGUUAAAAGAAGUUUAUAUAAAAUUGUACUCACAUUUUCAAAAUAUAUUCAUGAGAUACCAUUAGAUCCUGAGAUACAAACUGCUAUUCAACCAUUUAUACUGUGUAAAGAACCAUGAUUGAUUUAAUAAAUAACUUUUCUAUGUAAUCAUAA